AUGAACUACAUUCGCGGUGCCAUCAGCACCAUCAGCGCACCGUACCAGUACUACAAGGAACUCCCGCCAAUCAACCCCUCAACUUUGACUGGUGCCAUCGACGUCAUUGUCGUGCAGCGAGCGGGCAAGGGUGGUGAGACUGAACUUGCAUGCUCACCGUUUCAUGUGAGGUUCGGGAAAUGGCAGGUAUUACGGCCGUCCGAGAAAACUGUUACGGUGACGGUUAAUGGCAAGCCAAUACCGUUUAAUAUGAAAAUUGGGGAAGCAGGAGAGGCCUUUUUCGUAUUCGAAACGGACGAUGAUGAUGUGCCGGCCGACUUAAUAACAAGCCCGAUUCUACAGCCGACUCGACCAGAGGAUGACCCGGAUGUACCAGAUGUACCAACAGAUCGUUUCGGCGCAAAACCUGACUCGGAUGGCGAGGAGCAGGAGGAACAGAAGCAGGAGGAACAGACGAAAACAGAGACUCAAGAGCCAGAUUUCUUAGACCUGAAUGACUCUGGCCAGUCGCGUCCCGAAGGUAAUACGGCUGCUCAAAGUCUUCCCUCGCCACCUCCAUCCCCUUCGUUAAACCCUACGCAGGUCUACGAUGACCCGGACGCCAAAGUGGACGCUAUGCUCAAGACAUUGCAGAAGGACUUACAUCUCCACGAUGUUGAAGAAGCAUCUGAGCAGACCAUCACGGAUCACGACUCCGACCUCCUCAUUCCGCACUCUCAGUCCCAAUUCAUAGCUUCGAGUUCCAAGGCUAUUCCCUUCCCCCGUGCCACUUCCGAACCUCCUCCAGACUUCGAAGAAGACGUUACUCCCCCUCCAGUGAGUACGUCGUCGAAACCGAACCAAUUGUCCAUCUCUCCACCCCUACAAGCAUACUCCUGGGAGUGGGGUGCAUUUCCGCAGCCGUCGCCAAUGAAGACCACAUUUAGUAAGAGCGGCCGACUAGAAGCCCACAGUAAAGGGAAGCGAAAGGCGACAACUGCCGACUCCAUGUUGACGGUAGAAGAUAGACCGAAUAGAGAAUCUGGUGAUCAUCACAGAAGUCGAAGCGUACCUCCCGUCAUCGAUGGCGUUCCAACGUUGCGCGGAGACGAGGAUAGCUCAGAUGAUGAAGAUCUCAGAGACCAUCAAGCCGCAGCUGGCUACGGUGCUGGUGGCCGCCUCGCACCCAGCAAAUCUGACCCAAAAAGAUUCGCGGUGGUCGUUGAAGGUCGGAAGAUGCGAUUUGAUUUGAGCAUCGUCUCGGAUGCUGGGGUGUUCCGUACACCGGAUGAACUGGAAGCUGCCAGGACCUUUGAAGAAGGACGGAUCGAAUACUCCAGAUUCUUGGAGGAUGGGCAGCUGGUGGACGAUCCUAAGCUGGUCAUUCGCUGGGCGGGGGAUCAUUAUAUCACCCAGGAUGAUGGUUCACCAUUGAAGGAUGCUCUGUCACUCUGGCGGCAAGCAGCUUUACAAGAGUCGGCGAGCCGCUUCCCUCCACGGCCCAUAUCGCCAGUCUCGGACGAAGAAGAAGACGAAGAAGAUUCCCCACCAGAUUUCUCAGAGCAAACGCCUCCUCUUACCACAUCCCCAGAGCGAAAACAUCAUGAUCGAGCGAAGUCGGAGCCACCAGAAACGGGCUUAGCCCCUCCAAUAAGCCGAAAGCCUACAUCCUCUUCUUGGGUACGGUGGUGGAGUCUGAGUAGGACGGUAACAAAUGAUCCGACACCGACCGGUCCUCAGGGUGGUAGACCUGAAAUACGGGAAUCUUCUUCGGCGCCGCCAGAACCUGAAGUACAACCUUCGUCAGUUUCGGUCGAGAAGUCAUCCAAGAAGAUCCUUCCUGCAGAAUCAGCUCCGGCUCUCCCCUCGACGCCUGUUCAAGACCCACCGACCGAUCCGUUCCUGAAGACUCUGACACCCAAGAAUCUAGCUUUGGCGGAUAGUGCCAUUACGAGCAGUCAGUCUGUGAAGAAGAGACGAAAGUUCGUGAAGACGCUACGGCUGACGUCCGAUCAGCUCAAAUCUUUAGAGCUGAAGCCUGGCCCGAACUCGAUCACAUUUUCCUUGUCUUCUACGGGUGUUGUUGCGUGUACAGCGAGGAUAUUCGUUUGGGAUUAUACAGAUCUAAUUGUCGUAUCAGACAUCGAUGGUACGAUAACCAAGUCAGAUGGGCUUGGUCAUGUCUUUGCUAUGAUCGGGCGCGAUUGGACUCACCUAGGCGUGGCCAAACUGUAUACCGAUAUAUGUCGAAACGGAUACAAGAUCAUGUACCUCACGUCUCGCGCAAUAGGCCAAGCCGAUGCCACUAGAGGGUAUCUCAAGGGUAUCAAGCAGAACGACUACCAGUUACCGGAAGGUCCUGUCAUCAUGAGCCCUGACCGCUUGAUGGCUUCACUGCAUCGGUAUGUCAUCAUGCGAAAGCCCGAGGUAUUCAAGAUGGCCUGUCUCCGCGACAUUCGCCAACUAUUUGGUGACAACGCCAAGAAUUCUUUCUACGCAGGCUUUGGGAACAGAAUAACCGACGCGCUGUCAUACCGGAGCGUUAACGUUCCAAGCUCAAGGAUAUUCACGAUCGACUCAUCAGGAGAAGUGAAAUUGGAACUUCUUGAACUUGCUGGAUACAAAUCAUCAUACAUCCACAUGACCGAUCUGGUGGACCAGAUGUUCCCACCCAUCCACCGAAAGUGGGCGGCAGAGUAUACGGAUUUCAAUUAUUGGAAGGUCCCGAUACAACAAUUCUCUUUGCCCGAUUUGUCACCGCCGUCGCCGGCCUUGAGCGCCCGUUCAGAUACCUCGAACCAAAGUACACUCGCGCGCAUUCGUAACUUCAGUCUUGUUGGCUCUCGACAACCCACCCUCGUGCCGACGCGGGAGAAUGCAGGAGGCGAGGAGGAAGGGAACCUGUCGCGGCGAAGCUCCAGACUCAUACAAAUGUCUUCAUUCGAGAGGCUGAGCAACACACUGUCGAACUUCACGCAGGCAUCUUCGGGUAGUGAUAAACGGCGCAGCAUGAGUCCUAUGUCACACUCGUCCUCCUCGAAUACAUAUGCCGACUCGGACGAUGAGUAUGACGAAGACGCGGAAGAUCCAGCACAUAGAAGGAGAAGGGAUAGGAGGCGCAGCAUGACCAGUAUGCCUGGAUCCUUGGAUGACGAACAAUUCGGGUUUGAUGAGGAGGACGAAGAAGACGAGGGUGAGGGGUCAGAAGAGUACGAUAGCGAGGGUAUGACGCAAGAGGAUCAAGAAGCCGCCGCCGAGCGGGCACUUGAUGAAGAUGUAAUGAAAGUCGCUGAAAUGGACGACAUUCCGUAUCUGUAA